AUGACGUUGGAUAAGAAGACGACGAAGAGGGAGAACAUGCCCAAUCGAGAUGAAGCAAAUGAUUCAAUGGAUGAUGCAAUGAGAAAUGCGACGACGCAACGAACAGAGCUCCCGUCAGAUAUGCCACAACUGGGAGGUACCUGGGAAGAAGAGAACAAUGAGACAACGGCAAAGCUGUUCUGCACACCAUCAAGCUCACCUCUUCGUCACCUUCGUCACCAGACGCUUCUUCACGCCCUCUGGAUCUUACGCACGACAAAACUCGUUGAGCAUCGAAGUCGUCGCGCAGAAGCCCAGAGAGAAAUACAAGCAAUAGCUGAGAGCCUCAAGACCACCACUAUAACUCAAGCCUGCACAACCGUACAAAACACGGAUCAGCCAAAGCCACUUUCAUCACUAAAAGACCCUCUACCGCAUGAUGAGAAAGAUAACUCCUCAUCAUCUUUUCCUCGGAGGUCGCCAGUCCUGCUGGAUCGGAGGAUUCAGAUGAAGGCGCCUGGUUAG